AUGAACUUCUCGCGGCCCACCAACAAACAGCCUCCCAUGCGACGCUCCUACCACACCCCCACACACUCACGCAACCUGUCGGACGAGCACCCACCAGGCACCUACUACUCGCCGCUCAGCUCACCGUCCAAAGACACCCACGACAACAGCAGCCCCCACAUGAGCAUCAGGAGGGUCACCAAUGAACCGCCAAAGCCCCAGCCAACGCAACCCAUCACACAAACACACACACACACACCGUCGCCACUGCCGCCAAAAAUCAACCAACAACUCGACCGCCACAAGAGCAUGAUGGUCAUGAACGAGUCCACAAACACAGACAAGCCGCCAGUGCCGCAGUUCAACUUCAACGACAAGCCGCCAUCACCAGACCUCGAGCGCUCGUCGUCGUCAGCAGCAUCCAAAUCCACCCGCAAAAUCUGCCGCGAAUGCAACAAACCGAUCUCAGGCCACUUUGUGCGCGCCCUGGACUCGGUGUUCCACGUUGACUGUUUUCGCUGCGCCGACUGCAACUCGUUGUGCUCGUCAAAGUUCUUCCCCGUGGAUGGAAACGUGCCUUCUACAAACGGAGAAAACACGCCACCCACGUCGCCAACAACUCAGGUGCCGUUGUGUGAAACGUGUUACUUCAGCAGGCUGUCGCUCUUGUGUUUCUCAUGUGGCGGAGCUCUACGAGGAGCCUAUAUCACAGCCCUGGGCCGCAAGUACCACGUGGAACACUUUUCGUGCUCGAAAUGCAACUCGGUGUUCGGACCCGAAGAUUCGUACUACGAGCACCAGGGAGACAUUUUCUGCCAUUACCACUACUCGACGGACUUUGCCGCGAAAUGCGAGGGCUGCCAAACGUCGAUUCUCAAGCAAUUUGUCGAAAUGUACCGCGGAGGAAAACAGCAGCAGUGGCACCCGGAAUGUUAUAUGAUUUUCAAAUUCUGGAACGUGCGCAUUAGCGGGGUGGAAAAGCCGCAGGUAGAAUCAAAGGACCUGCUGUCGCUGCUGGAAACGCGCAUGGAGGAGCGGGUCUUGGGUGUAUGGACCACCCUGUGUGGCUACGAAGAGUGCACAGCAGCAUGUAUCUCAGAUAUGCUACAAUACUCAGCGUCGGGUAAGUACCAACUUGCUUUGUCAGCUACGGCGAGGUUGGUAUUCAAGACUGAGCAACUCUUUGUCGGUCUGGACCGUCUCUUGGCUCUGUGCGGCAUUGACGAGCUUGAAAUCCACACCAGCAAGCAGCAAGGAAUGCACCCACCAAAACUCUACGACGAUCUUGGAAAGACACCCAAAAAGCUGUGCAAAAAGAUUGUCUCGUUCAUGUCCAUGGUUUCCAAGGCCAAUGAAAAGAAACUACCCAAAAUGGGCGUCACUCAAGACCUCCUGUCUCUGGUGACCACUCUAGCGCACUAUCUCAAGGUACUGAUUCGGUUUGGACUCUCUACAGCGCUACAGCAUGACCGCAAAGUCGAGUUCAAUGACGCUUCCGGCUUCUCUCUGUUCCUGAGUGCUGCUCCCACGCGAGAACCGGCAGUAGACGUGCUUCUCGAAGGUGUAUCCAACACAGACCCCUUCGACCAGCCGCUCAUGCAUCUGGGCGUCACGGCGCUCACUCCGGACGUUUGUGUCGCUUGUGGCAAGUCUGUGGAGGACAGCUGUGUUGUUCUGUUAGAUGUUGCCUCUGGUUCAGCUUCUGCAUCCUCCAACAGCUCACAAAAGUCGCAUAAAAGCAAAAGAUGGCAUUUGGAGUGUUUUAAGUGCUCCAAGACUGGAGCUGUGCUUCGCUCCGGGGACGACAUUGCUUCUGCUGCUUAUGUUGAUGGAGAGGUUGUUUCCGAGGGCCAUUACCCUCCUUCCGCCAUUCUGCCCUUUGCAGUGGAGACACGUCUUUCUCAGCUCAUGUUUCUGGCCAAAAUCGCCCUUGCGCGGCUCAAUAUUCUCCUAAGUCGAGGCCAACCUCCUGCUGGAGCUUCUCUCGAGGCUCCCAGACGGUCUUCUGCCCCUGAUAACCGUGGAACAGCCGGCUCUGCGAACUCCAACCUCAACGACAUUCGCAAGUUGCGACCCGAUUUGCGUGGUGAGGAACGGCGAGGAUCAGCAGAUACCAUCGGUGCGACCUUUUCUAAGAGCUCUUCGGACCUGAACAAUGAUCUGGACGGCUACAAGAUGUCUGACAGUGCUCGACAGAGCCAGACGUCAGCAGCCGAGCGGGCCAAGGAUCGAAUGAAGAACGAAAAGUCGCUGACUUUGGACGAUAUUCCUCGUAUUGUCGCUUCUGAGCAGGCGCGAGACAUUCGGCCCAACGCCUUCAAGCACCAGCAUCUCGGCGAGAGCAUGAAGCAUCUUGUGACCGGUGGAAACGUUUCGUCGUCAGUACAGAGUGCUCUGAGUUCUACAGAGCCCACAUCCUUCUCCUCAGCUCCUUCUGGAUCCCAACCCAUUCGAUACAUGUGUGAUUUGGGCUCUGUCGAGAUGUUUAUUGUGCGGCAUGUGGCCGUCAUGAUGCUUAGGGACUUGGUGAAGGAGUGGAUGUCGUUCGAAGAACUACUGGAGAUGAUUGACGUGAAAAAGUCGUUAUCAUUCUGGGAAAAGUUUGGGAAAGCAUUUGGAGGCAAAACCAACGACGGCGAGUACACUGCCUCGUGGGAUUUCGACUACCGUGCAGCUGCUGAACGAGGUCUUCCUCCUCGCAAGGGCUCAAAGGGCGAAAAGAACGACAAGAGCGACAAGGAUUCCGUUGUGGUCUUUGGCGGCAACCUGGACAUUCUGACUGAGAAGUUUGGAGUCGAAUCACAUCUCGGCGUGUCCCCACAGCACAAGAUGCGCAUCCCGCGCUUUGUGGAGGACUGUAUUGAUGUGAUGAAGACUCAGGACAUGACCAUUGAAGGUGUCUUCCGUAAGAACGGUAACAUCCGACGGCUCAAGGUUGUGACGGAGGAGGUGAAUAAGAGCGCCACCAAGACGUCUGAUUUCGCCAAGGAGAACUCUGUGCAGAAUGCUGCUUUGUUCAAGAAGUUUCUGCGAGAGAUGCCCAAUCCUCUCUUUACCUUUAAGCUGCACAAGCUGUGGAUUUCGUCCCAGAAGAUCGAGGAUGCCACAACUCGAAAGCGAGUGCUUCAUUUGGCUGUAUGUCUGCUUCCCAGGUCUCACAGAGACGUGACCGAAGUGCUACUCCACUUUCUCAAGUGGGUAGCCUCCUUUUCUCACAUUGACGAAGAGAGCGGUAGCAAGAUGGACGCUCAUAACCUCGCCACCGUCAUCACUCCGAACAUUCUCUAUCCCAAGCCCACCGGAAAAGACCAUGGUCCUGGAAGUGCCGGUACUCCUGGCUCUGCUGAUUCAGCCGCUGCCGCUGCUGCCGCCGCCGCUGCUGCUGCUGCUGCUGCUUCUGCUGGAGGUGGAGGUGAUGGCUACUUUCUGGCCAUCGAGGCUAUUCAUACUCUCAUUGAGCACCAUGAACUGUUCUCUGAGGUGCCUGCCGAUCUUCUAGAGGUGCUCAAGGAGACCAAUCUGCGAGCCGCGACUGCAGACAUCACUACCAAGGAAAUCAUGACACGAUAUGACCAGAUGAUGGGCGACCCGGCUGCACGCGCGCGCAUUGAGGCCAUUCGAAAGCGCCAGAGCUCCGGGUUCCGCACGCCCUCCAUGCAGGUCUCCCACCUCAACAAUCUCACUACGCCGGCCAUGGCUGGCGAGACCUCCGAGACUAACACCGGGGGUCUCCAUCCUUCGGACGCAGCCGACUGCUCGGACCGUAUGCACUCCAUGGUGAGCACGUCGUCCGUCGGCGAGCAACGCCCUGUGCCUAUUAGGAUCAACACAGAAAUGAUCCAAAAGAUGGCGUCACGACAGGAGCGUAACACUGCUAUUGUUUAA